UCUAAGCAACGACGCACGCAAUGCAACGCAAAGAAGUCAGUGAGUGCAGAAAGAGAGCAGUUGAGGAAUGUUUUAACCAACAUGGGGCUUAACAAAUUAAAUAAAGUGGGAACUAUAAUUCGUUUUUGGGUCAACUCUAGCAGGUGUCCGUGCUAUACAAAUGAAGUUUAGUUAAGCCAGCAGUCGGUUUCCGCAGGGGAAGUUAAAAUGUAUGGACGCGCUCCAAGAGUGACCUUCAUGACAACCAGCUGCACUGCCUCGACAGUUGGCCCCGGCUCCUACGAUGUCACCAUGCGCAGUUCUAAAAUAGCAGAUGGCUAUGCUCCAUUCCUGACCUUGACCAAAAGACAGUCAGUAUUCAACCAGUCCAGUGAGAGGAUACCAGGACCCGGACAGUAUGACUUCUCACCUGUCAAGCUAAACAUCCAUGGUGGACGCAGUCUUCAGAACCGCUCCAAGCGUUUUGAGGAGGUAGUGUCAAAGGUUCCGGGCCCCGGGGCCUACAACGUGCUGCCUGCCUCGGGAAACACACUCAAGGCCGUGACGGCUAAAGCAGGACAGGCUGAGAAGCUUGGCAGGAAAGUGAGGCUGCAGGCUAAAAGUCUCCAAGUUGUUCGUCAGUCAGAUAUCCCAUCCAUUCCUUCCCCGGGACAGGCCUAUGGCUAUGAGGAGGACGCCGUGGGCGUGCUCCUCAAGCAGCCACCCCAUCCCACGGACACAACCUUGGGUCCAGCCUUCUACAAUCCACUGCUGUCCGAGGAGAGUUCUGCACAGAAGUAUAAAGGAGUCCACUUUGGCAAGAUGACAGGGAAGAGAGGUCAGGUGAUGGUGGAGGAGGGACCGGGUCCAGGACAAUAUUACCCUGAGAUAAACCUAGAAAUGCACUAUGAGAAUGUGAACCUUCAAAAGGAGCAGAAAGGCAGAGCUGAGCUUAUCAUCCCUCGCUACCACGAGCUGGUACCCAGGCAAGAGGAAAAGAAGGGAGUUCCUGGACCGGACCACUACCACAUCAGAAGUCAGUUUGAGAAGCCUGCGAAGUCCAGUGGUAACCCGCCGAAGGUCACUUGUCCCUUCCUCUCUCAGGCUGAGAGGUUUAGUCCUGCGAAAGAAGUGUCGCCCCCUGUUGGUAUAUAUAAUGACCCACGGUGUGCCCUGGAGCUGCUGAAGAGGACCACGGGAAUGAAGAAAAGCCCAUUUGGCAUCACCGCUGUGCGUUUCACUCAUAACCACAAAAAUGGCUCCACACCAGGUCCAGGGUCAUAUAAUGUGUUUGAGCAUGGUUUAGCCCGGGAGAGUUUUAAAAAGGCAGUUUUAGAGAGAACCAGGAAGGGAGGCUUUGGUUCCACUGCUCAACGCAACUCCUUCUUCCACAACAAGGAAUCGAUAGAGGCCCCAAGUCCAGGGCAGUAUGAGACAGAAAAGAAGACAGAGGAGUACAAAAAGCAGCACACAGCGGUUUUCAAAUCAGCCACAGAACGUCUGGCACCGCUGGCUAAAGAUUCCCCUCCACCCAACAGUUACAAUGUCAGUCAGACAUUUGAGAAGGCUAAUGGCCGCUCUUACUUAGAACCCCGAAAUGAAGGAGCUAAAAGACGACAGAGCUGCUUCCUCUCUGCUGCACCACGGGAUAAUUUCUUCCUGCAAUGUGACCCCACUGUACCAGGGCCUGGCCAGUAUAACCCCAGUGUGAAAUCCGUACCCCUAAUGGCUCUGAUCUCCUCCAGAGAAGAUCGAUUUAAAGUCUCCGUGGACACCAACCCUGGACCAGGCGCUUAUCAGUUGAGUCCAGGCGUCAUGAACACAGUACUGAAGGGCACCUUCAAUGUGACGCUCAACAACCCUCUGGAUCCCUGCUGUUCCCCUCGUGUGGCCCCUGGCCUUUUAACCGCCUACAAGACCAUUAACACUGUCGCGCCCAACACCUUCAUCACCACCAGCACUUCUUAGAGCUCUUUGUGGGUCAAAGUUUAGAGGUGUAAGGCAGCAGUUUGGAGGAAGAUGACUGCUUUUUAUUCAGUGUCGCAAAGUAAAAUACCUACAAUCCCAUUUACAGCUGAUGGUUCCCUCAUUCUUUGCUCGCAGCAAUGACACGCUUGACACACUGAUUCAGCUGUUUUUGUGGGUCAGUUCCUUCUGCAUAAACCACUUUGUUAAUCAAUAACAAUUAAAAAGCCAUUAGUAUGAAUAUUGCCUUAGGUCUUUUCGAAAGAAUUUUACUCAAAAAAAAAGAAAGUCUUGUCCGAAAGGCGCUUUGUUUUCUUAGAUCAGCAAUCAUAAAAAUGAUGGGACGGUUUGCUAUAUAGAUUUUACUGUGCUGCCCGUGUUGGCUAAUGACUUGAAGGCUGGUUAAGUAGCACGGGUUCACAUACAAUCUGCGCUUAACUACUUAAUUACUACAACUUAAAUGCCAAGAUUGUCAGAAAUCAUGUUUUAUGUAAUGACAAUUGACCAGUGCAUGAGACAAUUAGAAAACAAAAUGCUAUUAGAAUCAGAAAAAGCUUCAUAGCUAUACAUUAUUGCUUAGCGUGCAUAAAUCAUGAAGCCAUUCAUUAUGUAUAUUUGUGCUGACUACCAGAAAAACAGGUGUGAAAGUCAUAUAGAAGACUCAUAACUUAUGUUGCAGUUUUGUUGCUCAUUAAUCAAAUUAGUCUCACCUUUAGUUUCACACAAACACACACAUAUACACAUUAAUGCUGCACAACAUACAGAAACAGGAAUCAGCAACGGCAUGUGAAAGUGCAUUCUGCUCAUAAAUACAAACAUGGACUUAGGUUCAAGAGCUAGAGGGAUUAUUUGGUGAUUUACUGACACACCUGUAAGAGGAGAGAGGAAACUAUGCCUGAGCAGUUUGGCUUUUUGGGAAAUACGCAACGAGGAAACGCUGGGGCUGUCCAUGCCCAGAGAGAGACGACGCUGGAGCAGCUCCUGAGGAAGCUGUUCGCUGUCAACUGCCAGAGGGUACCGAGGCCAACAGCUGUUUUCCGACCGUGACACCAUGCAACUUUGGGUUUAUAACAACGCUUAUUUCCUUUCUCACCAAUAGCUAUAAGAGAAGAUUGAUACAAUAAACCUCAUAUCUCAUGUCUCAUAUGAAGCUUCAGCCAGCAGCCAACUGGGGUGAGAUGUAGCUGAUUGCCUAGCAACCUCACAGCGAUGACUGUUGCCGGCCAAUAAAUAUUCCAGCACAUAUGUACCCCAUGUAAAACCACAGCUUGUCUGUUUUAUGCUUAAGUUUAGAGAUAAAAAAAAAAAAAAAAAGCUUGAGAGGUGGUGUUCCUUUCAGACAGAGCCAGCCUAGCUUUUUCCCCAUUUUGCAACAUUGCAUCAUGACUUUGCGUAAACAUCUACGGCACUUUCCUAAAGCCAAAUGGUGUGUUAUCUGUACGCAUUUUUAGCUAUCCACGUGUAUGUCUACUAUGUAUGUAGGUCAAUGGCGGCCAAACACGUUGAAAAACACGUUAAAAAGCGAUUAUGCGUCUUGAUAACACGCCAAAAUGGUAUACGAAUUGGCGUGUCAUACAUACGCCACUUUAUGAGAUCAGUUUGCAUUUCUAGUCUUUAUGCUAAGCUAACUUGCUGCCGGCUGUACUGUAGAUUCAUAUUUAAGUACCACACAGACAUGAGAGUGGUAUCAAUCCUCUCAUCUAAGUCACAGCAAGAAAUGUCAAAUAUUGCUUUGAAAUUAAUAAAAACAUUUGUUGUGUUGUAUCA